AUGUCGGCACUCACCGAGGUCCUCACCGAGGAAGACUUCUCAGCACACUUGAGCUCGCUCUCCCCAUCUGCGCUGGUUGUUCUCUACUUCCACACACCAUGGGCUGCACCAUGCACCCAGAUGCGCACCGUCCUCUCCGCUCUCGCCUCGCAGUACCCCGCUACAGCCCCGCCGACCAUUUCAUUUAUCAGCAUCAAUGCCGAAGAGUUGCCCGACAUCUCAGAGGAGUAUGACGUCUCCGCUGUUCCCUUUGUCGUCUGCCUGCGCAGCGGCCAGAUCCUCGAAUCUAUCAGCGGUAGCGAUGCCAUCAAGGUCCGCGACGCCAUCGAGCGCCACGCUGGCCGCGGAAACGGCGCGGCCCCCGCCGACGGUGUCACCAGAGCCCAUAUCCCUCCUCCUCUCUCUGCCGUUCCUCGCGAAGAUGGCCCUGUGACAGCAACUCAGUCCCCUGUUCCUUCGGCGGAUGCCGCUGGUCCCGCAGCUAACGCUACCCCCGUCGCCGCCACCCCUACCCUCACUCCGGAGCAGUCCCAAGAGGCGCUGUUCGCUCGUCUUGCUGAGUUGGUCAAGGCUGCACCCGUUAUGCUGUUUAUGAAGGGAACACCUAGCUCUCCGCAAUGCGGCUUCAGUCGGCAAUUGGUGGGCAUCCUCCGAGAGCGGAGCGUCAAGUACGGAUUCUUCAACAUUCUGGCCGAUGAGGAUGUGCGACAGGGUCUGAAGGAGUUCGCCGAGUGGCCCACCUUCCCCCAACUGUGGGUCGAUGGCGAAUUAGUGGGUGGUCUGGAUAUUGUCCGCGAGGAGAUCAACAGUGACCCCAACUACCUGUCAGCCUACUCCGUCAGCAAAUAG